CCGCUCAGUCUGUGUCGCGAGCACAUGUGGGCCAGUCGGCAGCCGGGCUCCGGGCACCGCGCAGCUACCGCCACCAGUCACUGGCCGCCCGUUAUGCGGCACCGCAAGUAGCACACGCAGCUCGCCUCGCACACAGCUCGCGGACGCUCCGCCACGCCACGCGACGAGUGCCGACCACAGCGCGACGUAACGAGCCGACGGAGCAGCAGCGAGCCGCUAAGGACCCAGCCAUGCGCCGCAGACAUCAGUCGCCGUGCUUCUAACAAGGUAUGUACAACGCAACAUCAGAGCUGUCCGGAUGGGGCUGGCUGUAAAUAAUUCAUCGACGAAGGUGGAGAGCGAGGCUGCGGCUACGAUGAGGAGCGGCGUGACGGAGUGGCGGCCCCGCACGCUGGCCGCCUCCGCGGCCCUGCAGCCCGGCCCCUGCCUCCGCCUCUGCCUGCUGGCGCUGCUCCUUGCCGCGGGCGCACAGGCGAGCUCGGACCUGUGGCCGCUGGAGAGGCCGGAGGGCAUGCCGGCCAUCCAGUCGCUGGAGGUGAUGUGCGGCAAGGACCACAUGGACGUGCACCUGUCCUUCACGCAGCCGUUCGAGGGCAUCGUGUCGUCCAAGGGGCAGUACGCAGACCCGCGCUGCGUCUACGUGCCGCCCUCCACUGGCAAGACCUUCUUCUCGUUCCGCAUCGCGUACGAGCGCUGCGGCACCAAGCCAGACCUGCACGGCCAGUUCUAUGAGAACACAGUCGUCGUGCAGUACGACAAGGACCUGCUCGAGGUGUGGGAUGAAGCGAAGCGUCUGCGCUGUGAGUGGUUCAAUGACUACGAGAAGACAGCAUCCAAACCACCUAUGGUCAUCGCUGACCUAGAUGUCAUCCAGCUUGACUUUCGUGGGGACAAUGUUGACUGCUGGAUGGAAAUACAGCAUGGAAAGGGUCCUUGGGCACCACCUGUAAGUGGUAUUGUUCCAUUAGGAUCAACACUAACACUUGUUGUGGCUAUAAACGAUUAUAGAGGUGAAUUUGAUAUGAGGGUGAAGUCCUGUGUAGCAUCAGAUGGAGGAGGCCAUGUUAUUCAGCUCUCAGAUGAGCAUGGGUGUGUACUUAGGCCAAAAAUGAUUUCAAGAUUUUUGAAGGCACGUACAGCAGAUGAGAGGGCUACAGUCAUCACAUAUGCCUUCUUUCAUGCCUUCAAAUUCCCUGAUGCUCUGAGUGUUCACAUAAAAUGCAAGGUGGAGAUAUGCCGCCAUGGGUGUCCAGAGCACUGCCAACAUGGUCCAUCUGAGAGACGUGACACUGCCGUCCCUGCUCCGUCCGCACCACCUGAAUUACUGUUGUAUGAUGAGCUGGUGUCUGAUGGAACACCUGCUUUUGCAGAUGAGCCGGCAGUGCACAUGGCAGGCAACAAGGGAGCAACAAUUCCAAGGCAACCUUUUCAGGAACAGCCACAUCCUGGACACCGUGAUGGUCAAGAACGUUUUCCACACGGGCCUCGCACUCUCAGAAGCACCGGAUUUGCAAGACCACGCCGUUCUGUAGCUGUACCAGCAGGAGGCAAUGCUGAUGUUGGUGUCAGUGGGCUGUAUGAUGUCGUGUCAGAGGCAGACCUAGCCUUUACACCUGACUCACGACCCGAGGCAGUAACAGUAUUUCAAGGACGAACACGUGAAGAGGAGGUAGUGUAUGGAGUCUGCCUGCCUGUGCCAGGAUUUGGAGCACUGUUUGCACUGGCAGCCCUUUCCGCUGUAGCAGCUGCUUUAGUCGCUGGGGCUUUGCUAUACCGGUACCAGGUGCGGCGUGAGACUGCGGCAGCAGCCCAAACAUCAGGCAGCAACAAUACAGGAGGACGUAGCAUUGGCCGCCAGGCAAAUGGCGUGCCACUUGAUGCUCUCGGUCCACAGCCACAGGCACAUGUGCAGAGAGCACACCGAUCUUCUGGACAGUCAGAAACAAGUGGUUGAAUAGUACAGUGUGUAACUGUGUCUGAAUCACAAUUAAAACAUGUCGCAGUACUGCAGUACACACAACAGAUGAAGAGCGCAAAAAACAUUGAUUCCAAUUAACAUAAACUGCAUUAUGUGAACUGGUGUGACUGAAAUACUCUUUGUGUCAGUACAGCAUCAAAAUAAGCAGCCAGUAUCUUAUAUUAUUGGACAGGAGAUAAGGCUGCCAAUAAGAGACGUGCACAUAAUUUAUGACAAAGCCAAAUCCUUACACAAAAAGUAGAUGUUUGUACAGAACUUUCAAAGAUGUAGAAAAUUAAAAUCAGUUAUAUGCGUGUAUAUAUUAUAUAUUUACCUCUAAUGUAAACGUCAAUCUAUCUCCCCCCCCCCCCCCCCCCUCUCUCUCUCUCUCUCUCUCUCUCUCUCUCUCUCUCUCUCUCUCUCUCUCUCCCUCCCUCUCUCCCUCCCCCCACCACCACCACCCCCACAAUAUGGGAAUCAUUCUUAUUAUGACUGCCAGUAACCAUUUCACAAGUGAAUGACUUAAACUUUACCAAGGAUUUCAUACAAGAAUAGCAUUGGUAUGAUAUUACAAAACUUACAUGACAAACAUUUACUGUUGAAUAACAGAAUAUAGAUGAAAACAACAUUUGACAGAAGAUGCAGCUAGUGAUGAAUAUUUUAUGCUGGUUAGACACUUUUUUGUGUGGUUUUAAUGGUUUGUAAUAGAUAUAUGCUUUCAUAGCAAUUGUUAGCAAAAAGGAUACAAUACUCCUCUUCUCUACUACACACAUCAUCCUAACACUAAUGGUCACUUACCUAGGACACACCUUUGCAUGGUGAUAUGACAAAGCUUGACUUGGUAUUAACUAUCUGGAUACCACUAGCAAACGGGGGAAAAGUCUAGGAUUAAUUGCUGAACAUUACAGGCAAACUAUAAAAAGUUCUGUGAUGCAGUUUUUAAUCAUCAGACUGUGCACCAAUGCCACAAAUUUCGAUCUUCUCUGUGAUCUCUCAUGGAUACUGAUGACCUCACUAUUUAUGAGUCAUUCAUUACUCUCACUCUGCCUCUGGUAGCUGAGUGGUCAGCGCGAUGUAAUGUCAUACCUAACAGCCCGGGUUCGAUUCCCAGCUGGGUCAGAGAUUUUUUUCCAAUCAGGGACUGGGUGUCGUGUUGUCCUUACCAUCAUCAU